GUCAGAUAUCCAUCAGUUGCAUAGAUCUUGAAGAUAAUUAAUUAAGCAUGAGUAGAGGUGAUAAUUCUGGUGGUGGACAGAGCUCUUUGGGUUACCUUUUCAGGUCAGAAGAGCAGCCAAGUCAGCCUCAGCCAACAAAGACAGCUCCAUUACCACCCUAUGGCAUUGACAUCGACAACAACUCCCCUGAUGCUGGGGCUCCUCCUAACACCAAAGUUGCUGUCUCAAACAACCGAUCUCAAGGCCCGAAUUUGGGAAACUUUGUCACUGAUCGUCCAUCAACUAAAGUCAAGUCGGUUCCUGGGGGACAUUCAUCGCUUGGAUACUUGUUUGGAGAUAAGUGAUGUUUCUUUCUCCGACGUAUAGGUGGUUAAGAAAAGGAAAAUCAACACCUAGUAUUGCAGCGUAAAUAUGUAUAUAUAUCAUAUAUGUAUGGGGUUUGAAUGAUCACUUAUGAUUUGAUUUUAAGGAUUAAAAAGACAGCCAAAAAAAAUUCAAAUAAGGGAUUAAGUUAUCCCACUGUCUUGAGAAGAAAUGGGAAGAAAUCAGUGUGUGCUUUCUCUUGUAAUUUGAUCAGGUUGAAUUGAAUGUUUAGAGUGUUAUUUAAGUUGUACUUCAAACAAAUGUAAUCGUGUGAUUAUUAUUUUAUUUGUACUUCAAACAAAUAUAAGUUACGCUUUCAUUUCAGGUUUC